AACGACACUAGUGGAAGGCGCACUUGCGAACGGAAAUCCGGAUAAUUUGUUUGAAGGUAUGAUUUGGAUAUCCUAAACCUUUCUCUUUGAAGGUUCUUCGGGGUGAACCAUUCUUGGAGGGGUCAAGCUUAAUCGUGUUUGUCUAGAUGAUAAAUAGGAUGGAGAAAGGUAUUAAUGCAUAGUCUAGUCUAAGUCUUGUACACCUCGUCUCCAGAUUUUAUGAAAUCUUCUUCAACAUAAAAUCUCAGGUAGCAGAUGUAGUGUUCAUCCUGGCAACGUAGCAUGGUGGUGGGGGAUACAUGGGUGUGAGAAGUGCAAACAGACAGUGGAAGGCCAACGUCAAUUUUUCAACGAUCGGAUUGCCAGGAAAGUUAUGCAUGGAUCUUUGACAUCUUACUUUGUUAACUCUAUCUACUUUAGCAUAACUAUUAUAGGCAAAUUUAGUACCGGUGGAUCUUUUUGAUGGUGAAGGAGAAAGGGCGAGUCAAUCAUCUCGGUUCCAACGUAUUACUCUCGAGAUUUACAACAUGCAUCUAUCUCAAAAUAUGCUAGACUUCUAACUUCCACCGCGAACGCUUUCCAGCGUUUACACUACAGAACGAGACGCUUGCGGAGACAGCGAAAACUUUAGAGGAUACGACACCUGCUCUAGCUCAUCCACUAUUGAGACCACCAAGUCCGUUACCGGAACCGCCAGGUGAGGAGUUUUUAUUUGCUGCGCUGUUCGAUGCGUUUUUGAGUACAUGUUCCACUGCCAAAGCUGUAUUAUUUCUGCAACUAAAAACAACAUUUUCAGCACCUUGAUUUUUCUUCGACCGAUUUCAAUAUUGUGUCUCUCGCUCAUCUCCUUUUUCGAACAUUUUCUAUGAUAAGCAUCAUGAAUUGAUUCAUAUUACAUCAAUGAAUCCAGGUCGCAAGCGAACCGAAAAAGAGAAGCGAGAACGGGACAAGAGGCAUGCGUAUAUCGUUGAGAAAUACCCCUACAGAACUGCGCGAAUCGGAUCCGAUGCAAACCCGAAAUGCUUCAGCUAUCAGUGGCUAAAGACUUUAUGGUCUCUUCAUGCGAUUUUUUACAUUUGAUAUUGGUCACACAUUUAGUGCUGUCCGUUGGUUUUGGUUUUUUCGGUUUUUUUCCCACACUCUUCUUCUAACCAACGCACCCGACCGUCGCGACUUGGCCAGGAAGAUGACCAGACCAGCUGUGCCGUGGCACUGAGAGAAUGGACGUUUUCACUAGUAGUUCAUCGGAACCGACAUGAAAAUGAAAUACCAUGAGCAGUAUGAAAUUAAAUUGGAAAUAAAGUACUUAGUAAUACAGUUACUGUAGUUUGCUUUCGCACAGAUACAGAAUGAUUACCUGAAAUCGUUAUAGAGCUGCCUAAUGAACCUGAACACUACGUCAAAGGAUAAUAAACUCCGAAUCUGCUUCUGAUUAAGAACUGCGUCCCUGAAAAAUGACCUGGAAUAUACCAAUUCUCUGCGAUUAAUCUGAACUCGCUGUUAUCGUAGUUAUGCCACAAAGAAUUAUAAAAGGCAUCAUUGAGAACGAAAUGUAUCUAUGCACGGCCCAACUUCGUGUAUUUUAGAAAGACAUCUUAGCUUGCUUGUUGUAACUGCUUCUUAGCUCGUUGUAAUCGAAACAACAGGCUGAGAUGAGAUGCUGCAGACAGUGGAGUAAUACAGACAAUUUGGAGACAAGAGUCUUCUGGUGUCUCCUUCGAAAGUCGAUCCAUGUCGA